AUGGCAGCUAUUCGGAUGAUAGAUAUAGCCGUCAACUUCACAGAUGGCAUGUUUAAGGGAAUCUACAAUGGCAAACAAUGUCAUGUUGCUGAUAUACCAACCGUUUUGAACAGGGCUUGGGCUGCUGGUGUCCACAGAAUCAUUGUAACUGGUGGAUCCCUUCAGGAAUCAAGGGAAGCUCUUGCCAUUGCUGAAACAGAUGGAAGACUUUUCUGCACAGUUGGUGUGCAUCCAACACGUUGCAAGGAAUUUGAGGAGAGUGGAGAUCCAGAAAAUCAUUUUCAAGCUCUUUUGUCGUUGGCUAAAGAGGGAAUUCAGAAAGGAAAGGUGGUUGCAGUUGGAGAAUGUGGAUUAGACUAUGACCGACUUCAUUUUUGCCCCGCAGAGAUUCAAAAGAAGUAUUUCGAGAAGCAGUUUGAAUUGGCAUACAUCACAAAGUUGCCUAUGUUUUUGCACAUGCGAGCAGCAGCUGAAGACUUCUGUGAAAUAGUUGAGAAAAAUAAAGACAGGUUCUCUGGUGGUGUCACCCAUUCAUUUACUGGUACUACGGAUGAGUGCAUUAAGCUUCUCUCCUUUGAUAAAAUGUACAUUGGCAUAAAUGGGUGCUCUCUGAAGGCAAAUGAGAACCUUGAUGUUGUCAAGGGUAUUCCUAUUGAGAGAAUGAUGAUUGAGACAGACUCACCAUACUGUGAAAUAAAGAACACUCAUGCCGGAAUGGGUUUUGUUAAAUCUAAAUGGUCUUCUAAGAAGAAAGAGAAGUAUGAUCAAGAGUGCCUUGUCAAAGGCCGCAAUGAACCUUGUUUAGUUAGACAAGUUCUUGAGGUGGUUGCUGGCUGUAAAGGCAUCAAUGACACGGAUAAUCUCAGUAGAACAUUGUACCACAACACUUGCAGGGUGUUUUUCCCGCAUGACUUGGAUUCUGCAGCUGAUGCUCUUCUAGCUGGCGAUAAUUCUUCAUAA